UGCCCGGGCCUGUUACCCUCCCCCUCCCGCGCCGGGGGCAGGGGUACAGCCGGGGAAUUCCAUCGCGCUGCGAGGGCUCCGGCGAGCCUGGGCUGGGGGGUCUCGGAAAGAAGGGGGAGGAGAGAAAGGGUCAGGCUGGGACCAGGGGCGCAGCUGCCUUCUUCCCCAGACACCAGCUGCCCCUGCCUGUCCAGGACUGAGUGUCCACCAGCCCCGCCUGUCUGGAGGGUGCAGGGGCCGGGAGUGGCACCCCCUCCAUCAGGCCAGAGGCGUCGGGACCUGGGGAGCGAAGGGCGUGAGGAUCUGAAAGAGGGUCGCCUGGGAGACCCCGAAGCGACCCCGGGGGUGGCACAGGUCGUAUGCAGGCCUGGGCGACCUCUCCUAGGUUGGGGGCGAUGGGGACAGGAGCCCCGCAGAGCCUCCUCCUUCUCCUCCUCCUUCUCCUCGCAAUGCUGUCGCCACGCGGGGCCUCCGCGGGGAGCCUGCAUACCCCAGGUGAGUCUUGGCCGGAUGACUGCGCCUUGGUCGCACUCCCUCCUUCGCCUCCCCGCCUUGGACCCGGGUCCUGAGCCUGGGGAGGGGUCAGAGCAGGUGGCGGGAGCAGCCGAGCAGGCCCAGGGCCCCGGGGACACCAGGGGCGCUAGCUGCGGAGCCGGGCAGGAGUUGGCCUCGUGUAGGGAGGGAGGGACCCUUAGGAUGUCGGGCGAGGCUCCGAACCUCCCAAGGCCCUGCCGUCGCCGUGCAGGCCUGUCCGAGUGCUUCCAGGUGAAUGGCGCCGACUACCGCGGCCGCCAGAACCGCACAGGCCCGCGCGGGACCGGCCGCCCGUGCCUCUUCUGGGACCAGACGCAGCAGCACAGCUACAGCAGCGCCAGAGACCCCCAGGGUCGCUGGGGGCUGGGAGCGCACAACUUCUGCCGGAACCCAGAUGGCGACGUGCAGCCGUGGUGCUACGUGGCCGAGACCGAGGAGGGCAUCUACUGGCGCUACUGCGACAUCCCCACCUGUCACAGUGAGUGGGCAGCUGGACACGGGCGAGCGCGGGCUGCCUGCGUGCAGUUCCCGAGGGAAGGCGCCAGACAGACCCCGCGUCCCCUGCCCCCCUCAGUGCCCGGCUACCUGGGCUGCUUCGUGGACUCGGGAGCCCCCCCGGCCCUCAGCGGCCCCAGCGGCACCUCUACGAAGCUCACGGUCCAGGUGUGCCUCCGCUUCUGCCGCAUGAAGGGCUACCAGCUGGCGGGAGUGGAAGCUGGCUACGCCUGCUUCUGUGGCUCCGAGAGCGACUUGGCUCGGGGUCGCCCAGCGCCGGCCACCGACUGUGACCAGAUCUGCUUCGGCCACCCCGGCCAGCUGUGCGGCGGCGAUGGGCGCCUGGGAGUCUACGAAGUGUCGGUGGGCUCCUGCCAGGGGAACUGGACUGCGCCGCAGGGCGUCAUCUACUCCCCGGACUUCCCGGAUGAGUACGGGCCGGACCAGAACUGCAGCUGGGCUCUUGGCCCGCCGGGCGCAGCUCUGGAGCUCACCUUCCGCCUCUUCGAGCUGGCAGACCAGCGCGACCGCCUGGAGCUGCGCGACGCGGCCUCGGGCAGCCUGCUCCGAGCCUUCGACGGCGCCCGCCCGCCGCCCACUGGGACGCUGCACCUGCGCGCCGCUGCGCUGCUGCUCACCUUCCGCAGCGACGCGCGUGGCCACGCGCAGGGCUUCGCACUCACCUACCGAGGCGUGCAGGAUGCUUCGGAGAACCCGGUGCUCCCCAAGGGCUCGGCCCAGACCCCUGCAGUGCUCCCCGACGGGACUAAUGUGAGCUGCAGCCCCCGGCUUGGGGCUCCGGAGGCCACAAUGGGGGCCCGGGUCUUCUCGACAGUGAUGGCCAUCUCAGUGUUGCUGCUGCUGCUGCUGCUGCUGCUGCUACUGCUGUCGCUGCUACGCCUGCUGCGCCGACGGAGCUGUCUACUGGCUCCAGGAAAAGGGCCCCCACCCUUGAGGCCUUCCCAGGGCUCUGGGAGAAGUUGGGCUGUGUGGUACCGCCGACCUGGAGGGGUGGCACUGCCCUGCCCCCCGGGGGACUCCCAGGCUGAGGGUCUAGCCUCCACUUACCGCCCCCUGAGCGCCUCCAGCCAGAGUUCCCUGCGUUCGCUCAUCUCUGCUCUCUGACUCAGGACCCCCAGGGUCCAUUGGAUCCUCCAACAGUGUGAUGGACACCAGAGACUCCAUGCUGCGCUCUGCCUUGGCCUUCCAGUUUGUUAAGGGCAGCUCUGCCUCUGUUCAUCUCUCAGAGGCCAGUCGUCGGACUGGAAGCAUCUGGUACUAUUAUUGGGAACUUGGCCUAACUCUGGGUGUCCAGAUGGUCCAGGCCAAAUGGCAAGAGGAAUCGGCUCCCCUCCUCAUAGACCUUGAUAAGGAGCUCUCUGAUUUCAGGGUCUUUGAGCCCCUCUGGGGGUAGUCCUGGACUGCUGCCUUACGUGAAAUGUGAGAGGUCAACAAAAGUGGUCAAAAGACCAGACACAGACUUUGAAUAAAGGACCUAUUUUGGUA